AUGUCGGACCCAAUAACGACAACCAUAUUUGAUAUACGUUUCGAUACCAUACCCGAACAUUGUCAAACCAAAGAACUCCCCAUCAAUUGUGAUGAAGCUACUGCCUGCAUAAAACGCAACGGGAUCUAUAAAAUCCUCGUAAAAGAAUUCAGCACUGAACCCUUACUGGUGGAAUGCGAUGCAAAGACAUUAAAUGGUGGUUGGCUACUCAUACAACGUCGUCAUGAUGGUUCCGAGAAUUUCUAUCGUGAUUGGAUAUAUUAUAAAGAUGGUUUUGGUAAUAUCCAAGGAGAAUUCUUUAUUGGGUUGGAUAAACUGCAUGCCCUCACCAAUUAUUUGGGACCCCAGGAACUUUUGGUCGUCAUCGAAGAAGAGGGUAUUUAUAAAUAUGCCCGUUACAAUAGCUUUGCCAUUGGUAAUGAGGAGAAGUUGUAUGUCCUCAAGUCAUUGGGCAAGUAUUCCGGUACCGCCGGAGAUUCGAUGAAAAGUCAUGUCAAUAUGGAAUUUACCGCUCGCGAUCGUGAUCAUGAUAAGGAUGUUAGUAAUUGUGCUCAGCGAUAUACGGGUGCGUGGUGGUAUAAAAAUUGUCAUCAAAGUAACUUAAAUGGCAAAUAUGGCGACAACACCUUCGGCAAGGGCAUUAAUUGGCAAACCUAUAAGGGUUCCAAUCACUCGAUUACCAAUGUCAAAAUGAUGAUCCGACGUCGUCGAGAAUAA